UAGUGCAGGCAAAGUGGCCCCGCAGUUAGGCGCAGCGAGGUGCUGCAGAGCCGGGUCGUAGCUCACGCGACUUGGGCCAAGAUGCCGCGCUUCGCCUUGACCGUCAUCCGCCAUGGUGAAACAAGACUUAAUAAGGAGAAAAUCAUUCAAGGACAAGGUGUAGAUGCGCCCCUUUCCGAGACUGGGUUUCAGCAAGCAGCAGCCGCUGGGCAGUUUCUGAGUAAUGUGCAGUUUACGCAUGCCUUCUCCAGCGAUCUCACGAGGACAAAGCAAACCAUGCAUGGCAUUUUGGAGAAAAGCAGAUUUUGCAAAGACAUGGCAGUGAAGUACGACUCCAGACUCCGAGAAAGGAUGUACGGGGUCGCAGAAGGCAAGCCGCUAAGUGAGCUUCGGGCCAUGGCCAAAGCCGCUGGGGAAGAGUGUCCCAUGUUCACCCCGCCUGGAGGAGAGACAGUAGAGCAGGUGAAAAUGCGAGGAAAGGAUUUCUUUGAUUUCAUUUGUCAGCUAAUCCUGGGCAAGGCAGGCCAGAGAGACAGCGUCAUGCCUGCAGUGCCAGACAGCAGUUUGGAAAGCUCUUUGGCAGAGGUUUUUCCUGUGGGAAAACAUGGCAGUUUGGGGACGAACCCCAAAGGUGGCACCCCGGGCUUAGCAGCCAGCAUCUUAGUUGUGAGCCAUGGCGCUUACAUGAGAAGCCUCUUUGGUUAUUUUCUGAGUGACCUCAGAUGCUCGUUGCCGGGAGCGAGAGACAAAUUCGAACUUUCCUCCAUCACUCCCAACACUGGGAUCAGUGUCUUCAUCAUAGACUGCGAGGAAGCGCGCCAGCCAUCGAUUCAGUGUGUUUGUAUGAACCUCCAGGAGCACUUGAACGGAGUGACAGAAAAGCAGCGCUGAGUUGAUCUAAAGAAGAGGUGCUGAAAACUGGUAUCUAGAAGGCACAGAUGAAGAACGUUUCCUCUAGGUGGCGCUAUAGGAAAGGGAUUUUGAUUGCUGCUCAGGACUCCUGCUCACACCACAGCCUCAGGGAAAGGAAUUACAUGGGGAAAAUGUAAUCGUAACACUGGACCCAGAUAGGCAUCAAACUUAAACCUAGAAAAGAUGCAGUUCACUUGCGAAGGAAGGAAAAGGUCGAGGCUCACCACUGCUGGCUUGCCACAGCUGUAAAGCACUGCUAGGUCCUUCCCCUGUCUAGACACUUUGUGGAGCUGGUGUCAACACUUUGGGUUCUGGUGGCCCCAGAUUAGGGAUUUACUUGAGGUUCCAAAUGCAUAUGUACCUUGAACAAAAGCAUCACUAAUAUAUGCAUCCAAAGUGUGGCCAUGUUCCAAGAAACCCAAAGAUAUGAUUAAGGAGGCCACAGAAAAGUUGCCCUAUGGGUGACAGCGAACUUCAGCUCAAAAGUCAGUGACAGCGUCGGGGACCAGUGGUGGAUGCAUGAAUUUGAGAGGGAAGCCUUGAGGGGUCUGGAGGAGGUGGUCAGUGGACCCUAGGUUCCACCCUUGGUAUAAGGGGGAAAACAAAAAGGCUGUGGGUUUGGUUCUCUUACUUCUUAGAGGCUCCCCACCCCCACCUGGUAAGCCUUCAGGUGUCAACGGUGUGGUCCAAAAAACAGUUGUGACAGAAAGUUUGGUGGGCUGGCUUUGUCUACAGUUUGACUCUUGUCUGGCCUGAGUCUCUGAUGCUCCCUCCCCUGAGAGUGAUUGCUCUUCCUCUUUAUCAGACUGUAUUUUCCGGUCCCUAAUAAAAUGUUACAUUUUGAAUACAUUAAAAGGAGUUUUAAAAAUACUAUAAAAGUUGGCCAGGAAAAAUGCAUAAUGGAUAAGCUACCUCAAAGCAGUGUCAAAAUGUUAUUUAUUUUGAUCUAAAAUCAGGUAAGAAACAAGCAGCUUUGCCUAACAACAGGAUAACUUUUCAGAACUCAUCCUUCUCAUCUGCCCCCCGACAAGCUCCCAGGGAUGACCUGGUACACGUCUUGGUACUUAGGGAGCUGCAUCCUAUCCCCAUGGCCUCCAGUCAGACCCACUCACGUUCCACUAGGUAGAUUUGUUACAAAAGAUUCUUCUUUUUUAGCAACUUAUGGAAAAGUCAAGCAAAAAGGAAGGCCCCCUACACCCCCUCCCCCCAGUUUAUUCUGUUGGCAAAAUCUCGCCACACUGUUAAAAGAAGUCUGUAUCUGAGUGAAGUGUGCUGUUUGUCAGUUUUGCGUUACCACGUUAAUAACUGCAUGUGUCUCACAUUGCGGAAGGUAGCGUGGCAAGUGAAUGCCAGGAGUGAAUGUCGCCUUCCUGUGAGCUCAGUGUUUCCUCUGGCUGUCAUCUCCAUUGUAUAGAAAGUCCAGGAUUCAUACCAUUCUUAGUGUGCCCCACACGCACUACCUUUUUCUGCUGGUGUUUGGAAAUGUGAAUUUGAGAGGAAAGUUAUAAAAACCUGAAGGAUCUGGAAGUGUUGCUCAGUGGGCCCUGGGUUCCAUCCUCAGGAUUGGGGGAAAGAAACACAAAAGAACAAAACAAAAACCUGCUCUUUUAAGAAG